UUAACAACAAAAACACAAAUGAUGUUCUUCGGAAAUAUCUUUUACUAUUCAAAGAAUACUUAAAUUUUAAUUAUUACACUCAGAAUAAGAAUAGCGAUUUUAUUAAUCAAGAGCAAAUUACGCGCUUUGUUCCGUUUUCUCCUUCAAUUCUUCUCUCUCUCUCUCUCUCUAAUAAUAUUACCAUUUUUUUCUGUUUUUUUCUUCUCUAUCAGCAGCACGCAGAAUUGAACAAGAUCAGAUCUGGGCCUUCAUUUUUCGAUUCUGAUCUUGUUUUGUCAGCACUAGAUCUAUCGGUGCACAGAAGGCGUCUUUGAAUUGGAUUUUGUGAUCCACACGGCCAUCUCUCAAUGAAGAAGGUGUUUGAUCAAACUUUUAGGGACAUUAAAAGAGAGGUAAAUAAGAAAGUGCUUAAAGUUCCUGGAGUAGAACAGAAGGUUCUUGAUGCUACUAGUAAUGAGCCCUGGGGUCCUCAUGGAAGUCUCCUAGCCGAUAUUGCACAGGCCACGAGAAAUUAUCAUGAGUAUCAGAUGAUUAUGGCAGUAAUCUGGAAGCGGUUAAAUGAUACUGGAAAGAAUUGGCGGCAUGUCUACAAGGGUUUGACCGUUCUAGAAUAUCUGGUUGCUCAUGGAUCAGAGCGUGUCAUAGAUGAAAUAAGGGAGCAUGCAUAUCAAAUAUCGACCUUGUCUGAUUUCCAAUAUAUUGAUUCAAGUGGAAGAGACCAGGGUAGCAAUGUCAGAAAGAAAUCUCAGAGUCUUGUGGUCCUGGUAAAUGAUAAAGAAAGGAUAAUUGAAGUUAGACAAAAGGCUGCUUCUAAUCGGGAAAAGUUUCGCAAUACAUCAGCUGGUGGAAUGUACAGGCCAGGUUCCAAUGUUGACAGAUAUGAUGAUGACCGUUCUGAAGGUCGCUAUGGAAGCAAAGAUGAAGAUAGAAAUGGCUAUGGAAGAGAACGAGAAUACAGCUACAAGGAUGAAGAUAGAAAUGGUAGAUAUGGGGACUCCUAUAGUCGUGAUGGAGAUCGUUAUGGAAGAGAUAGUGAAGACCGUUACAGCAGAGAUAGUUACCGAGACGAUGAAUACCGGGGAAGAAGUCGAAGUAUUGAUGAUUAUGGCUCAAGAGGCAGGAGCUCUGAUCGUGGUUUUGAUGAUGACGGCCAAUCAUCUCGUGGUAGUGGUGCUAAGGCUGAUGAUCAAUCUCAGGAUGGAAGCAUUGCCAAGCGGCUUGAGCGAAAAUUUUCUGAACAAAACAUCGUGCCCCCUAGCUAUGAAGAAGCAGUAAAUGAAUCUCGAAGUCCUGCUCACAAUGAAAGGACUGGGGAAACUUCAGCAGCAUCUGUUCCUGGAGUUUCUCCUCUGCCGCCUCCUAGAGCUGUCUCUCCAGCUGCAAGCAGUAAUCCAAGUCAAGCAGCCGCUGCUUUGGGUACAUCUGCAUCUUCAUUAAGCCAGGAAGUCGGCAUGGCUGAUGAAUUUGAUCCACGUGGCCCUGGUUCAGCUGCUUUCGCUACUACAGUUGCUCCUGCUCCAGCUGUUAGUACUGCCUCAAACAACGCUGAAAUGGAUUUACUUGGUUCUCUAUCAGAUUCAUUUGCUGAAAAUCCAUUGGCCAUCAUGCCAGUUCAAUAUGCAAGCACAUCCGAAGUCGAUCCUCAGACAAACUUUCCUGGAUCCACAUUUGCUGCAACACAACCAGCUUCUAAUGCUAUGAAUCAGUCUUUUGAAGAUCCAUUUGGUGACUCUCCUUUCAAGGCUAUUCCUUCCGCUAACGAUACCAUGUCAGCACAAACGCAGACUUCCACAUCCGGAGCUGUUUUCCAGCCUACUCUCUCUCAAAGUGCUGAAAUACCCUCCACGGUGCCAAAUGACUUUGGCUUUGGGAACACUUUGUCUGGCUUGACAUAUUCGACUCCUAAUGUCCAACCAACCCCCACUAAUUCACAGUUUAUGCCACAAGAGCUGUCAACUUCACAUGAUGAAACUGAUAUUCUGGCAGACAUCCUUCCACCCACUGGGCCUUCACUUGCUGUAGCCGCACAUACCGGUUUUCCAGCUCUGGCUGGCCAGCCUGAGCCAGGUUCCAGUGUAUAUGGGAACUACAAUGUACAGGCAGGAUCUGGUGCACCAGUAGCUCCACACAUGGGUCCUCAUGCCUCACAAUUUGGCAGUGGAAAUUUCCUUCCACAUACAGCUCCUUUCUCUUCACACAUGGCUCCACAAACUCCAGCUGGACCCGGAACACAAUUCAACAAUGGAAAUCAAGUAGUUUCCUCAGCCCAAGCCCCACAAUUCCAGAGCGGAAACUUCAUCCCUACGCACGGUUCUGUUACCGCACCGAAUCCGCAGUUUAACAAUGGAAGCUUUCUCCCACAGCCGGGAUCUACUGCUCUGGUUGUCUCACAAAAUGCUCAGCAUUCUGCACCAACUCCGAAUCCACAUUUCAACAAUGGAAACUUCAUGCCACAACCGGGUUUUGCUGCUCCAGUUUCACAAGUCGGCUAUCAAAAUCCAGUUGGAUAUGCUACUCAACCUAGUAAUGAUAUGCUGGGUAACUUAUAUUCACAGGGACCAAAAACUUCUAUGGCUUCUCAGCCGGGAAUUCCAUCUUCAUCGGGAUCACUUGCUGUUGUCCCACAACCAUCUAAGGAAAAAUUUGAGACCAAAUCAACGGUUUGGGCAGAUACACUGAGCAGAGGACUUGUCAAUUUAAACAUUUCUGGAUCUAAAAUCAAUCCAUUGUCAGAUAUUGGAAUAGAUUUUGACGCCAUUAACCGCAAAGAAAAGAGAAUGGAAAAACCAACAGCAGCUCCUGCUACAUCUACUAUCAACAUGGGUAAAGCUAUGGGAUCUGGUUCUGGGGUUGGCCGAGCAGGUGCAAGUGUUCUCAGGGCUCCUCCAAAUCCUAUGAUGAAUCCCGGCAUGGGAAUGGGCGGAGGUAUGAACAUGGGAAUGGGUAUGGGCGGAGGUCCCGUCUCAGGCAUGGCCAUGGGAGCUUAUGGUGGAGGCAUGAAUCAACCCAUGGGAAUGAACAUGGGCAUGAAUAUGGGAAUGGGGAUGGGACAAGGCGGUCAAAUGCCACCUCCUGGGUCUACCGCUCCUGGCGGUUAUAACCCCAUGAUGGGUACAGGUGGUUACACGCAACAACCAUAUGGUGGUGGGUAUCGAUGAAAUUGUGGCAAUGGAAGAUAAAUAGUGAAUACAAACUAAGCUGCCUUUGCAAGGUCAAGAGAUGUCAUAGCAAAACCAACGUUGCGCAAUUGAAUACGCUUGCUAGUCCGACGUGGGGUUGAAAGAUGUGUUUUUGAUUCAUUGUUGUAAUUUGUUGAAAUGUUUGCAUAGCAGUGCUUCCUUGCAGUAUUGUUCAUUUCGGUCCAGAAGAGUUGUAGGUGCAUUGCUGAUUUCAGCUAUUGUGAAUUUGUAAUAUGUGAGGAUAACCUUUCUCAGGUUGUCAAAUUUGCCAUAUAUUUUUUGUUUUCACAUAUAUAUAUUUUUUGUAAUAUGUCAGAUAUCUUUGAUACGUUUGGCUAUUCGAAAACACAAUAAAUCUGAUAAUUCAUUUACCCAA